AUGAUCGUUUGUGCUCAGGAUGUGGCGAUUCUUGCCUGUGAUAACUGUUACGCAUUGGUUGGCCAAAGACAGGGAGGCUUUCUGGGAGUGCUUCAGAGGGCCUUAGCCCGCGCCACGUCUCACAUCUGGUUCGAGAGGUUUGAGAUUAAAGACCGCGAACUCGUCACCCGAAGGCUCAGAGAGCACGUGGAGGACCCGAAUAAGUUGCCGAUACUGAUCUUCCCAGAGGGCACCUGUAUUAACAACUCGGCGGUCAUGAUGUUUAAGAAGGGCUCCUUCGAAGUCGGCGGCAAAAUAUAUCCCGUGGCUAUCAAA